CACACGUUUUGUUUUUUUGCGCGGAAUUUUGAAUACAAUUAAUAUUAAAUAAUUAAUUAAUACUCACAAUGAGUGCGAUAUCGAAAUAAACUGAAGAAGAAAACGAUAGGCAACAGUGUAAAAAAAUACGAAGCAAAUAGCAGUGCUUGUGUACUGUGUUGAUAGUGUGUGUGUGCGUUUGUUUGUGUGUGUCGAGUGAGUGCGUUAUAAAUAAAACGCCAAGAAGCUGCGUGCAAAAAGUAGACGCCAAGAAAAAUAAAGAAUGUGCCCAAACACCAGUGCAAGAAAUGAAACUGUUUUUAUGUUGAUUUUCGUUGUGUUUUUAAUACAUUUCUAAUUAUAUUUUAAUAAAGUAACGAAAGGCGAAAGUGCAUUUUUACAUGUAACGCUACUAAAGCUAAAUUUACAAAUAAACGUUUUUGUAACUUCGACCUGUAAACUUUAUUUGGAUUUAAGCAGAGGACACGUUCAACUUGCAACCCGCUGUGUAAUGGAUGCAACAUCAAUAAUAACACAAGUUUCCCGCGAUGAUGAACAAUUGAAUGUCUAUCCAAGCGACAAAGGAGAAGAUGUGGAUCGUUUAAAGCCACAAAAACGGGGAAUACUACAAUCGUUACUUUGCUGCUGGCGUCGAAAUCGAACGAAAACAAAUCAGAAUGGCACACAGAUCGAUGGUUCAACAACACCGCCACCCUUACCGGACCAACAAAGGUACCUACUACCUCAGGUUAGGCACUCCGAUAUGCAUAGAAAGUGCAUGGUCAUCGAUUUGGACGAAACUCUAGUGCACAGUAGUUUUAAGCCUAUACCUAAUGCCGAUUUCAUAGUGCCUGUAGAAAUCGAUGGCACCAUUCAUCAGGUUUAUGUGCUAAAGCGACCGCAUGUCGACGAGUUUCUACAAAAGAUGGGUGAACUUUACGAGUGCGUUCUGUUUACAGCAUCACUAGCCAAAUACGCAGAUCCCGUUGCGGAUCUGCUAGACAAAUGGAAUGUGUUUCGUGCAAGACUCUUUAGGGAAUCGUGCGUUUAUUACAGGGGUAAUUACAUAAAAGAUCUAAAUCGUUUGGGAAGGGAUUUACAAAAGAUUGUCAUCGUUGAUAAUUCACCGGCCAGUUAUAUAUUUCAUCCCGAUAAUGCAGUUCCUGUCAAGUCCUGGUUCGACGAUGUCACCGACUGUGAACUGCGCGAGCUGAUACCGCUCUUUGAGAAGCUAAGCAAAGUUGAUUCCGUCUAUUCGGUGCUCUGCAAUUCGAACCAGCCGCUGAACAAUCAAACGCACGAGCUGCAGCAGUCGCCGCAGCAGCACCAGCAACAGCAGCAACAGCAACAGACCAUCUCUGCCACAACAGUUAUUACACAGGCGAGCACGCUGUCUGCACCGACCAUGCUGAAUGCUGCACAACAGCAGCCGCAGCAGCAGCAGCAGCAACUGCAGCUGUCCAGUCCGCCCAGCCCACAGAGCGAGCUGCUGCAGAAGACGUAACAUCAGUGGGAAUUAAUGUUUAUAAAUAUAUGAUAAAAUUUAUACAUAUUAUGAGACCAAGCAAAAGCAAACAAGCAAAGCCUGCAAAACAAUACAUAACUAUGCGCCGACACACACACACAAACCCUACACACACACACACACACACACACGCCAACUACAAUAACAAUAAAAACAUUGCUACACUUAUAUAAAAAAUGCAAACAAUCCUCUUUAUGGCAUUGCUUUGUAACCCUUCCUAGUAUAA